AUGGAUAUGAUGGAAACCGAUUCGAACAAGGUGCUGCAUUCGGUGCCUAACCACGUGGACGUCAGCGCGCCGCCGGUGGACACGUGGUGCUGUAUGGAGAACGUGACGAACGCGUCCAUGUUCGAUGAGUCGAACCUGCCGUAUGACAUGAGGUUCAACGAGGGCCACGUGGUGGCCAUAGUCACGUACAGCAUACUGAUGGUCGUCUCGGCCAUCGGCAACAUCACGGUGCUGACGAUCAUCCUGAAACGCAGGCGCAAAGCGGGCACCAGGAUACAUGCGAUGCUCAUGCACCUGGCCAUCGCCGAUCUCCUGGUAACGUUUUUGAUGAUGCCAUUAGAAAUCACAUGGGCAUGGACUGUACAAUGGGUGCUCGGUGAACCGCUUUGUCGCAUCAUGUCAUUUUUCCGAAUAUUUGGAUUAUAUCUUUCCAGUUUCAUAUUGAUUUGUAUCAGCGUCGAUAGAUAUUUAGCUGUUUUGCAGCCCAUGCGAUUAUACCAAAUGGAUCGUAGAGGAAAGUUAAUGAUUGGGGUGGCUUGGAUCGCUUCAGUAGUUUGUAGUUUACCACAGAUUUUCAUAUUUCACGUGGAACGACACCCUAAUGCUACUUGGUACGAGCAGUGCGUCACUUAUCACGCUUUUCCGUCCAAAUUGCAUGAGCUGGCUUACUUGUAUUUUGGCAUGUUCAUGAUGUACUGGUUGCCUCUAAUCGUAAUAAUAUUCUGCUACGCUUCUAUCAUCAUUGAAAUAUAUAAAAGAUCCAGGGAAUCAAUUUGCGGUCAAGGUACAGAUAACGUGCGUCGUCUAGGAUUUUUGGGACGUGCCAAAAGCAGAACAUUAAAAAUGACAAUUAUCAUAGUCAUAGCGUUCGUUGUGUGUUGGACUCCCUACUAUAUAAUGGCCAUUUGGUACUGGACGGACAACAAGUCGGCACAAAUGGUGGAUCAGAAGGUGCAACACGCGCUGUUCAUGUUCGCGUGCACCAACUCGUGUAUGAAUCCAAUCGUGUACGGGGCGUUCAACAUACGCACCAGGAGGACGCUGGUGACGCAGGCCACGAUCUCUAAAACUUCUACAGAAACCAGAUUAACGGAUUUUUGAAGCGCUACUAGAUGGACUACGUCGAUACGUAUAAACAUGCAACUUUUAUAUCAGUCAAACCUAUAAUAUAAAAUUUAUAAAUAUAUUUUGGCUUCAAUAUCGAUAGGAAUUGAUAAGUCUUUUAACAUAUUAUAUAAAAUGCAUAAUAAAUUUUAAUCUCCGAUAAUCGUUUAUCUAACACACACGUGUGCACAUUAGUGAUGAAAUACUUGUUUAUCGAUUCACGAGGCAUUUUUAUGAAAUCGGCUGUGGGUGAGUUGCGGUCCGACGUAUCGUUUUUGGUGUUGGAGACUGGUGAAUUCUGGUCAGAUAAUAUUGUAGCUGUAGGUGAGUUGCGGCCCGAGUAUUUAUCAUUACACAUAUACCUAUUAACUAUGUACCUGUGAGAUACGGUGUUGCCUGUACAUAUAGUGAUGAACGAAUAACGAUAAACGAAAUGUUCGAUACGUAUAUCAAGUUACAUAUUUAUUUAAUAUAAUAAAGAUAAUAUAGAUCGUUUUAUUGUAUUAUCUGCCGCAUGACUCGCAUUAACUACGAAAAUUUUAAAUGACAAAAUGAAAAUUGUCAAAUCGUAUUUAGUCCGAAAUCAAUCUUUGUUCGUAUAAGUUCGUAUCGUUUGUAUAAUAGUUUACUACUAUUACAAAUACUAUACGUAUUUGAAUAUUUCGUCAUGAAAGUUGUAUAUAGUGAAAAAUCAAAGCUACUUAUUAUCUACGAAGACUAUAAAUCCGUUUUCAUAAGACACUGAUGUACAGCGGUGGCCUUUCUGUUUCAAAAAUUGCAAGUGCUUUAUUAAAUUAUCACCUUCAAAUAGCCGAGAGUAACAUCAAUCACGACAUAGAAAACAUUAUGAAAAAAUCCUAAACAGGCAAAUAAUGAGUAAUUCUAUAAAAAGAAAAGCUGUAGUAGACAUUUCUUGCAAUUCAACAAAUCUUAUUCGCUUGGAAUUGAAAUAAGGUGAUAUACCGACUUUGACAAACAAUGAUUUAUCAUUAAUUCGGUACAUUCAUCGUGCCCAUCUAUCUGUGCACCCCCUCUGUUGAGGUGCAUCGAAGGAUUACAUGCUGAUUUGGGGUUCAUGGAAAUUAAAACCAACACAGGUGAACAAUUUUUGUUUGUAAACGAUAACAUAAAUUCGAUAGUUGGUUUUUCUACACAACAAAAUAUUAAAUUUCUAUGUGAUGUAAAAAAAUUAUACGUCGAUGAGACGUUCAAGAGCUGUCCAAAGAAAUUUACAUCAUUUAUUACCAUCUAUUACCAUACAUAGCCGUAAAAAUUAUGUCUAUUUACUUCUUGUGAUUUUUUACUGCCCAACAAAUUAAAUACUACAUAUACGUGUGCAUUUCGACAUAUAAUUCGUCACUCCAUAUUCAUUGGUAUAUCGUGUUCUCCUACUGAUAUUUUUAUAGAUUUUGAAUCACCAAUACAUAAUGUUGUAGCGGAAGUCUUCCCUGAAGUUCAAAUAAGAGGAUGUCGAUUUCAUUUGGGGAAAAGUUGGUAGAGAAAAAUCCAAAGUUUAGGAUUUACAAAACUAUACAAUGAUAACAUAGACGAUAGUCAUUAUUGAAAAUAUUUUUUUGGAUAUUUUUUUACAUUAUUAUAUGGCCGCAAUUCGUACGUACAUUUCAUAAACCUGGGCCGCAACUCGUACGUUCUUUAGGAAUUGGACCGCAACUCACCAACACAGAUAAAAUUGUACUUCAUUUUUGAUGCUGUUAUGUUAAAACUUAUACUUUUUUUAUUUUUUUUUUGAAAAAUUUUGUUUACAACCAAAACUGUUUUAAUUUAAAAA